CAGAAAGCUGGAAAUUCGCAAUACAUACUCUUUCCGAUCUAGCAAUGGUGUGGUUUCCUUCCAUUGCCUUCUCAAUAACCCUUUUGGGAGGGCUGGCUUCCCUUAUCACAGGGGCUCCUUUGACAUCUGCAAAUGACGCUUCGCAGAUAGUAUUUAGCAAUCCGCAAAUAGCAAGGGAGUUUCUUCAGUGCCUUACGAGCAGCAUCGGAGCUUCUCCAGACUUUCCCGCACAAGAGCAGUCAGAAAUAGAAACAAUUACGGAAGCCAUACUUUCCACUGUAUCAAAUUCGAAUGAACAAUCAAUUGAAACUAGGUCACGAGCUGCAAAUAUUGCGUUAGCUUCAUCAUUAGCUGGCUUGUUAGCGAGUGAUUCAAAUGGAAUAGGCAUAAGCAAACAGCUGUUUUCUCUGACGAAUAUACUUUCACAAUGUUUCACUCAAACUACAGGAUUACAAAGUCCAGAAUUCGUGGAUAAUUUUCAAACACUUCUUCAAAGAAUCUCUGGAGUUGAUAUUGGAACUUCUCUUUCACAGAGUCAACUAGCGGCACAAAAUACAGCGUCAUCUGGAGCUAGUCAGACUCAAAUCCUACAAGCUUCUCAGUCCCAAGGCCAACAAGCUUCCCAAUCCCAAGGUCAACAAUCAUCUCAAUCGCAAGGCCAACAAGCAUCUCAAGGUCAACAGGCUUCUCAAUCUCGGGACCAGACAGCCUCUCAAUCACAAAGUGGUUCUGCAUCUUCCCAGUCAGCGAUCGGUCAGUCAGGAAGUCAAUCCGGAAGCUAUGGCCUCAGUCAAGCUGCGAGUCAAUCUUCAGCAGCUACUUCCAGCAGCAGCUUUUCUUCUGAAAGUGCGUCCGCAUUUACACAGUCAUCAUCUUCUGCGUUGGCUUCAUCGAGCUCGUUUUCUAAUGCCUUUUCCUCUGCUUCUUCAACGUCUCAAAUAGCACAAGUUGGUUAUGAACUGGGCUUAUCAACAGCUCAAUCUCUUGGACUAAGUGAUACGCAAGGCUUCGCCAAUAGCCUUUCACAAGCGGUGCAGCAAGUUGGAGUUGGAGCAAGUUCAUAUGAAUAUGCAAAUGCACUAUCAAGUACAGUAGCUCAGAUACUAGGAGGAAACGGCAUUUUAAAUACUUCUAAUGCUUCGUCACUGGCUUCAUCAUUUGCUAGCGCUUUAUCAGCAUCUGCGCAAUCUGCUUAUUCAUCAGCGUCUAGUUCUUCCGCAGCACAAUCAUCAGCUUUUGCUCAGAGUCAAGAAGCUGCAUCCGCUUUUAGCAGAGCAGCAUCUCAAGCUCAAAGUCAGCGAGAAUCUCAGUCACAAAGUCAACAAGCAUCUCAAGCACAAAGCCAACAAGGAUCUCAAGCUCAAAGUCAACAAGCAUCUGCAUCCCAAGGCCAACAAGCUUCCCAAUCCCAAGGUCAACAAUCAUCUCAAUCGCAAGGCCAACAAGCAUCUCAAUCUCAAGGUCAACAGGCUGCUCAAUCUCGGGGCCAGCAAGCCUCUCAAUCUCAAAGUGGUUCUGCAUCUUCCCAGUCAGCGAUCGGUCAGUCAGGAAGUCAAUCCGGAAGCUAUGGCAUCAGUCAAGCUGCGAGUCAAUCAGCUAGUCAAUCUUCAGCAGCUGCUUCCAGCAGCAGCUUUUCUUCUGAAAGUGCGUCCGCAUUUACACAGUCAUCUUCCUCUGUGUUGGCUUCAUCGAGCUCGUUUUCUAAUGCCUUUUCCUCUGCUUCUUCAACGUCUCAAAUAGCACAAGUUGGUUAUGAACUGGGCUUAUCAACAGCUCAAUCUCUUGGACUAAGUGAUACGCAAGGCUUCGCCAAUAGCCUUUCACAAGCGGUGCAGCAAGUUGGAGUUGGAGCAAGUUCAUAUGAAUAUGCAAAUGCACUAUCAAGUACAGUAGCUCAGAUACUAGGAGGAAACGGCAUUUUAAAUACUUCUAAUGCUUCGUCACUGGCUUCAUCAUUUGCUAGCGCUUUAUCAGCAUCUGCGCAAUCUGCUUAUUCAUCAGCGUCUAGUUCUUCCGCAGCACAAUCAUCAGCUUUUGCUCAGAGUCAAGAAGCUGCAUCCGCUUUUAGCAGAGCAGCAUCUCAAGCUCAAAGUCAGCGAGAAUCUCAGUCACAAAGUCAACAAGCAUCUCAAGCACAAAGCCAACAAGGAUCUCAAGCUCAAAGUCAACAAGCAUCUGCAUCCCAAGGCCAACAAGCUUCCCAAUCCCAAGGUCAACAAUCAUCUCAAUCGCAAGGCCAACAAGCAUCUCAAUCUCAAGGUCAACAGGCUGCUCAAUCUCGGGGCCAGCAAGCCUCUCAAUCUCAAAGUGGUUCUGCAUCUUCCCAGUCAGCGAUCGGUCAGUCAGGAAGUCAAUCCGGAAGCUAUGGCAUCAGUCAAGCUGCGAGUCAAUCAGCUAGUCAAUCUUCAGCAGCUGCUUCCAGCAGCAGCUUUUCUUCUGAAAGUGCGUCCGCAUUUACACAGUCAUCUUCCUCUGUGUUGGCUUCAUCGAGCUCGUUUUCUAAUGCCUUUUCCUCUGCUUCUUCAACGUCUCAAAUAGCACAAGUUGGUUAUGAACUGGGCUUAUCAACAGCUCAAUCUCUUGGACUAAGUGAUACGCAAGGCUUCGCCAAUAGCCUUUCACAAGCGGUGCAGCAAGUUGGAGUUGGAGCAAGUUCAUAUGAAUAUGCAAAUGCACUAUCAAGUACAGUAGCUCAGAUACUAGGAGGAAACGGCAUUUUAAAUACUUCUAAUGCUUCGUCACUGGCUUCAUCAUUUGCUAGCGCUUUAUCAGCAUCUGCGCAAUCUGCUUAUUCAUCAGCGUCUAGUUCUUCCGCAGCACAAUCAUCAGCUUUUGCUCAGAGUCAAGAAGCUGCAUCCGCUUUUAGCAGAGCAGCAUCUCAAGCUCAAAGUCAGCGAGAAUCUCAGUCACAAAGUCAACAAGCAUCUCAAGCACAAAGCCAACAAGUAUCUCAAGCUCAAAGUCAACAAGCAUCUGCAUCUCAAGGCCAACAAGCUUCCCAAUCCCAAGGCCAACAAGCAUCCCAAUCUCAAGUCCAACAAGCUUCCCAAUCUCAGGGACAACAAGCUACUCGUUCUCAAGGACAGCAAACUUCCCAAUCCCUAGGUCAACAAUCAUCUCAAUCGCAAGGCCAACAAGCAUCUCAAUCUCAAGGUCAGCAGGCUUCUCAAUCUCGGGGCCAGCAAGCUUCUCAAUCACAAAGUGGUUCUGCAUCUUCCCAGUCAGCGAUCGGUCAGUCAGGAAGUCAAUCCGGAAGCUAUGGCAUCAGACAAGCUGCGAGUCAAUCAGCUAGUCAAUCUUCAGAAGCUGCUUCUAGCAGCAGCUUUUCUUCUGAAAGUGCGUCCACAUUUACACAGUCAUCAUCGUCUGUGCUGGCUUCAUCGAGCUCGUUUUCUAAUGCCUUUUCCUCUGCAUCUUCAACAUCUCAAGUAGCACAAGUUGGUUAUGAACUGGGCUUAUCAACUGCUCGAUCUCUUGGAAUAAGUGAUACGCAAGGCUUCGCCAAUAGUCUUUCACAAGCGGUGCAGCAAGUUGGAGUUGGAGCAAGUUCAUAUGAAUAUGCAAAUGCAGUAUCAAGUACAGUAGCUCAGAUACUAGGAGGAAACGGCAUUUUAAAUACUUCUAAUGCUUCGUCACUGGCUUCAUCAUUUGCUAGCGCUUUAUCAGCAUCUGCGCAAUCUGCUUAUUCCUCAGCGUCUAGUUCUUCUGCAGCACAAUCAUCAGCUUUUGCGCAGAGUCAAGAAGCUGCAUCUGCUUUUAGUAGAGCAGCAUCUCAGGCUCAAAGUCAACGAGAAUCUCAGUCACAAAGUCGACAAGCAUCUCAAGCACAAAGCCAACAAGGAUCUCAAGCUCAAAGGCAACAACCAUCUGCAUCCCAAGGCCAACAAGCUUCCCAAUCCCAAGGCCAACAAGCAUCCCAAUCUCAAGGCCAACAAGCUUCCCAAUCCCAAGGCCAACACGCAUCCCAAUCUCAAGGCCAACAAGCUUCCCAAUCCCAGGGACAACAAGCUACUCGAUCUCAAGGACAACAAGCUUCCCAAUCCAAAGGUCAACAAUUAUCUCAAUCGCAAGGCCAACAGGCUUCUCAAUCUCGGGGCCAGCAAGCAUCUCAAUCACAAAGUGGCUCUGCAUCUUCCCAGUUAGCGAUUGGUCAGUCUGGAAGUCAAUCCGGAAGCUAUAGCAGAAGUCAAUCUGGAAGUCAAGCUUUGAGUCAAUCAGCUAGUCAAUUUUCAGAAGCUGCUUCAAGCAGCAGCUUUUCUUCAGAAAGUGCAUCCGAAUUUGCUCAAACUUCAUCAUCAGCUUUAGCAUCUUCAAGCGCUUUUUCCAACGCAUUUUCGUCGGCAUCGUCGUUAUCUGAAGUUGCUGAAGUAGGAUAUGAUUUGGGUUUAUCAACUGCUCAAUCUCUUGGAAUAUCUGAUUCACAAGGAUUUGCAAAUAGUCUUUCGCAUUCCGUUCAGCAAAUUGGAGUAGGUGCAAGCUCAUAUGAUUAUGCCAAUGCUAUAUCUAGUACAAUCGCCCAAGUUUUGAACCAAAAUGGUGUAUUGUCUUCAUCAAACGCUCAAUCACUUGCUUCUGUUUUCCAAAGAGCUUUAUCCUCAAGUGCAUCUAGUUUAAGAUCUAGCUCUUCCACUGUGCAAAGUUCAGUUUCAACCCCAAGUGCAUAUUCUGCUCAAUCACCUUAUACUUCAAUAUCUUCAACAAACCAACAAGGACCCUCUGUGAGCUCGCAGGAAUUAUCCUCUACUCUUUCACCAAUUGUGUCCUCUCAAGGACUCGGAUCUGCGAGCGCAACUUCAAGAGUAAAUAACAUUGAACAAAACUUAGCUUCUGUCAUAAAAUCCUCUGGAUCUACAGCUCUGGACAUAAGGGAUGCUCUUCAAGACGUUGACUAUAUUUCAUCUUUGAUACAGAGUGAGAGACCGGAAUUGAGUUCCUCGCAAGUUUUGACUGAAUCUUUGCUCGAAUACACGUCCGCACUUUUACAACUUCUUCAAAAAUCAACCAUUACAAAUGUGAACGUAUCGAAUGGACCUCCAGUGAAUGUAGAGCUAGCGAGAUAUCUUUCUCAAUCUUAGGUGCCAACAUGCUCGACUAAGAUUUUAAUGCUUUUUACUGCUGUGCUUAUUUACUUUAUACUUACUUUUUGCCUUGGUCUAAGAUUUGAAUAAACCACUUAUAAAUUGA